UGAAACAUUCAUAGUAAUUAUUUUAAAACGUAGAUACACAAACACAUUUGCCCCAAUUUUCGCAUAAUCUCCAACUUUAUACGUUAACGCAAAAAUAUCAUAAAUAUGAUAUUUCUCGUUUGUUGCACCAUAAAUGCUAUAUAAACACCGAAGAACUUGUAUGUUUGUAGAAUUUAUAUGAUAUAUCUCGUUUGUUGCAUCAUAAAUGCUGUAUAAACACCGAAGAACUUUAUAUUUGUAGAAUUUACGCAUUUAAACACCUGCAAAUACUAAUACUUUGAAACACUACAAGGGAUAUAUUCGAAUUUUCAUCUGGGAUAUUUCUCUAUGGAUCUUGAAUCGGUUUUUAGCUUUUGGGGUUUUGACAGAGAUUUAGGGUUUGGGGUUUUGAUCGUGGGAUGUUUAAAAAAGUUCAUGGAUCUUUUAGGUCUCUUAAUUUUGCUUUAUUUUGGUAUAAAAAUUUUCAACGUUGGGUUUUUUAAUCGGUUUCUAAACUGGUUGUGCUUGAGAAAUUGUUUCCAUGGGAACUCCGAUUCGAAGACGUCGAUUUGUAAAUGCGGAUUGAUGAGUUUUUUUAAUAUUUCGACCCCGACAAUGAUCGAGAAAUGGGAGGUGGUUAAAGAAACUGUAAAUAGCAACGCAAGCGAUCGUUCAGAUGCUGAUAAACAAGAGCAUUGUGACGAAGAAGACCAAGUGUUCGAUGUAAUGACUCUGAGAAGAUUGGUGAAGAUAGAGAGGCAGCGAGCGCAUGAUGCUUACAUAGAACUCGAGAAAGAGCGAAUGGCGUCCACCACUGCAGCCGAGGAAGCAAUGGCUUUGAUUUUGCGUCUUCAGAAUCAGAAAAGCGUCCUUGAAAUGGAAGCCCAACAACAUCAAAGAUUGUGUCAUGAAAAGCAACUCCAUGAUCAAGAAGUUAUUCAAUCGUUGAGGUGGAUUGUGAUGAAACAUGAAUCGGAAAGAAGCAUAUUGGAAGAUCGUUUAAGAUUGUAUAAACAAAGAUUGAAGCUGUAUCAGAAUUACGAUGGUGAAAAUGGAAGUGAAUGGAUUAAUGGAUCUUUGAGUCGUCUUGAUAACCUCGAUGAAGGGCUCGUUAGCUCUCUUGAAUUGGGUUUGUCGCCAUGGUAAGAGAAUAUGAUUCAGUUGCUUAUGCUCACGAUUUAUCCGUCUUCGUUCUUCAUUUGACUAUGUAAGGUAUUUUUUUUAAAUGGCCUACAAGGAAAAAAAAUAAAGCUAAUGGUGGUGGUAUAAAUAGUUUUUAAUAUUUUGGAUGACGAUGAAGAGUCGGAGGAAACAUAACUAUGAAAUGUCAAAGAACAAUCUGUUUAAAAAGGAAAACUACAUCAAAUUUGCAUCCUUUCUUCUUGUUAAACUUACAAUUAAAUCUAUAAUGCAAAGUAAGGAAAAAUUACAUGAUGUAGAUUUAACUAUUAUUUAAUGGUUUUAUGAUACAUGUGUGCCUAUGAAUGCUUGUAAUUGCUUUUAUUUUAAACAUAUGGUGGAUAAAAUAGUAGGAUUUGGUUAUGGUUACAAAGCACCUAAUGAUCAUUCUUUUAGGGUCAAUUUGUUAACAGAUGCUAAGAAGUCAGUUUUACUAUUACUGAUUUGUAUAGUAGCCAAUGGAUUGAAAGUGGUUGCACGAUAUAAGUGAUAGGUGGAAGGAGAUUUUGGGCAACGCCAUUUGAUUAAAUUAUUGGUUUAUUGUCCCAAAGGGAUUCGUUUCUUAAAUAUCUUGAUGUAUCAGAUAUAAAGAGCAAUGCUUCAAAUUUGUAAUUCGUAAAAUGUUGUUCAAAUUGUUAACUACAAAGUUGUUGGUAAUGUGUUAUGUAAAACAUAUAUUUCUAUCACAUUGUCUUGAUCUUGUAUUAAAGGAUGUUUCGAAAUUUUAUAGCAUGAAAAGUUUGGUCUCAAAGGCUUGCUUUUUUAUUUAUAAUCAAGUGGCCCAUGAAUUGGUUAGGAAAAGAC